AUGUGCUUCCACACCAACAUGGAUUUCCACUCUUCCCCUCGGCGUUUUUCAGCUUACCUCCUACUCUGCUUAUGCCUUAUGAUAAGCAUAAGCAGAGGGUAUGGGUCUCAAAAGCUGUACAUCGUUUACCUGGGAGAGAAGAAACAUGAGGACCCUUCUCUGGUAACAGCUUCGCACCAUGACAUGCUCAGCGCCAUUCUUGGAAGCAAGGAAGAUGCGUUGGCCUCCAUCACUUAUAGCUACAAGCAUGGCUUCUCAGGCUUCGCGGCGAUGCUAACAGAUGACCAAGCACAAGAUCUUGCAGAGCUACCUGAAGUUAUCAGCGUUACUCCAAAUCAGCACCAUGACUUGAUGACCACAAGAAGCUGGGAUUUCCUUGGCAUGAACCUGGACCAUCAGCCACCUAGUAAACUUCUGCAGAGGAGCAAAUAUGGAGAAGAUGUAAUUAUCGGGAUAUUUGACACUGGGAUCUGGCCUGAAUCAAGAAGCUUCAGCGACGAAGGAUACGGACCAGUACCGUCACGAUGGAAGGGUGUGUGUCAGCUGGGGCAGGCCUGGAACAGCACCAACUGCAACAGGAAAAUCAUAGGCGCACGGUACUAUCCUGCGGGUCUGGACAAAGCCGACCAAGCGAACAAUUACAUGUCUGCACGGGACAUAAACGGGCAUGGGACGCACACCGCAUCCACAGCAGCCGGUGCAGUAGUAGAGGGGGUCAGCCUCCAUGGCCUGGCAGCAGGGGUGGCACGGGGUGGUGCGCCCCGAGCGCGCCUUGCAGUGUACAAGGUCGCAUUUGAGGGCCCGAAGAAGGUGCAGCUUGCUAGUGCUGCACUGCUAGCAGCUCUGGAUGAUGCAAUUCAUGAUGGAGUUGACAUCCUAUCCCUAUCAGUCCAAUAUAAUGAUAAUUCAUUUGGUGCACUCCAUGCAGUCCAGAAGGGUAUUACCGUUGUUUAUGGCGCGGGAAAUAGCGGGCCUAGACCACAAGUCAUUUCUAACACAGCUCCUUGGGUCAUUACAGUCGCAACGAGCAAGAUCGACCGGUCUUUUCCAACUGCCAUUACCCUUGGAAACAAUCAAACCAUUGUGGGUCAAUCACUCUAUUACAUGCUGAAAAAUGAAUCCAAGAGUGGGUUCCAACCACUUGUACAAGGUGGAAGCUGCUCAAUCGAGGCACUAAAUGGCACGGAAAUCAACGGAAAAGUUGUUCUAUGCAUUAAAGAAACUUUUGGCCCACCAGCAGACAUUAUCCCAGAUGCCAUAACAAAUGUUAAAAGUGGUGGGGCAUUUGGUCUUAUUUUCGCAAUAUAUACCUUCGAUAAGCUUUUGAGCACCGAAGAUUGUGUGGGCAUGGCAUGUGUCAUUGUCGACAUUGAUAUUGGGUUUCAAGUUGCAACAUACAUUGGAAGCCAAGGUUCGCCCAUUGCAAAGAUUGAGCCAGCAAGUACUAUAACAGGAAACCAAGUUCCUGCUCCAAGAGUCGCAUUUUUUUCUUCAAGAGGCCCGUCCAUCAAGUACCCUACAGUUCUUAAGCCUGACAUAGCCGCACCAGGAGUGAACAUCUUAGCAGCUACAGGAGAUGGAUAUGUGUUCGACUCAGGGGCAUCAAUGUCAACCCCACAUGUAGCAGGCAUCUUAGCAUUGCUAAAGGCUGUACACCCUGAUUGGUCUCACGCUGCCCUAAAAUCAGCAAUUGUUACCACUGCAUCAACCAAGGACGAGCAUGGCAUGCCGAUGCUAGCAGAAGCACUACCCCGGAAGGUCGCCGACCCAUUCGACUAUGGAGGGGGAAACAUAAAUCCUAAUGCAGCUGCCGAUCCCGGCCUUGUUUACGACAUCAAUCCGAGGGACUACAGCAAGUUCUUCGCUUGCACGAUUCAGAAAUACGCUAUCUGCAACAUCUCGACAUCGCCGGCAUAUCACCUAAACCUACCUUCCAUAGCCAUUCCUGAGCUAAGGGGUCCAAUUAAGGUGCAGCGAGCAGUCACGAACGUUGGCGAGGUCGACUCGGUUUACCGAGCCGAUAUACAGUCCCCCCCAGGAGUGAGGAUCAAAGUCGACCCACCAACCCUAGUCUUCAACGCGACAAAGAAAGUGCACGCCUUCAAGGUCAGCAUGACGCCUCUGUGGAAGGUGCAAGGGGACUACACGUUCGGCAGCCUGACUUGGCGCAAUGAGCACCACUCGGUGAGGAUCCCACUAGCAGUCCGGAUCACAAUCCAAGAUUUCUACGCCGAUGUUGCAUAG